AUGGGCUUGCUGGUUAGCCUUACUGGUUUGCAUCUAAGCAUGAUGGAUGUGAACAAGAUCAAGUUAAUAGUUUCCUAUAUGAGGUUUAUAAGAGAUGUUUACAAUGAAUUAACCAAAAAUGCGGAUACGAGUGGAGAAAUACCAAUAUUGCCGCGUCCUCUGCAACCCACUAAUCCCCAGCAGUAUUUUCUUGUCGAGCUAUCGAAUGGGGGAAUCAACGUUACACUAGGAAUCGACAUCAGUUACGCGAAUGUCUUGGGAAUUCAAAUCGGUGAUGAAGCUUACUUUUUCUACGAGGUGAGUUCAGAUAUAUAUGAGACUGUGUUUCCAGACAACCGGGCAGUGCAACUUCCAUUUAACAUCAACUACGAGUCGUUGGAAAACGCUGCUAGAGUUGUCGACAGAAGAGAAAUCCCUCUAGGAAUUGGCGAACUAGACUGUCAAAUUAAUGAGAUGGAUAUUGGAUAUAAUAGCCCAUAUAGAAACAAGAAAAUUGCUAGAGCCCUUUUAGUUAUGAUACAGAUGAUCUUUGAAGCAGUUAGAUUCAGAAACAUCGAGCAAAGGGUGAUCGAAAGUAUACUUGGUGUAUCGCAGUAUGAUAAGUUCUAUCCAGAUGGUUUAAUGAUUGAAUAUGAAAACAACUGGGGUAAUCUCUCCGCUCGUGUCCAAUCUGCAGUACACGGAAUUAUUUCACCGGCUUUUCAGCUGAACAUUGAUGGUCAAGUUCAGACCAUCUUGACCAUCGACAAUGUGAGACAGGUAGUUUUCUUUCUUGCAAUAAUGCCACUUAUCUGCGUACCAAACCGGGUAGUACCAGAGAAUUCAAUCAAUGAUGGCUUUGCUUCUUCGUUAAUGUCAGUAGUAUCACCCAUAAGCAGAUCGAGACUCACUUUGCAGCAGAAGGAAAUAAGAGGUUACGAUAAAUAUCAUGGUUAUGAUAAGUGCGACCAAGAUUUAGAGCCCAAGGUGCACAUCACUGGAUUUGAUGGCCUUUGUGUUUCAGUGGAAAAUGGAUAUUAUAAUGAUGGAAACGGUGUAGUUUUAAGUGUCUGCAGAAACAGGCAAGAACACCAACUUUGGAGCUUGAGAAGUUCGGAUCAAACGAUUCAUUCUGAAGGAAAGUGCUUGACAAUAAAUUAUGAAUAUAGCCAAGAAAACAAUGUAAUGAUAUAUGAUUGCAACGCUACUGUCCCUAGGGCCACCAAAUGGCAAAUUCAGAGCAGUAUUGGAAAGAUUAAAACUCAAAAAUCCGGGCUUUCCUUGACUGCAGAAAAAGAUGCUGCUGGUGUGUAUAAUGUUGUAGUCGAUCCCUACCAACAUGUACCAAGACAAGUUUGGUUUCCCACCAACAAUACGGAACCACCAGUGACUAAGAUUGUUGGUUACGACUUACUCUGUUUGACACUAGAUGGUGUUCAUCAUGUGCAAAUGGCCAAUUGUGAUGAUAACAUUAAAGACAAAAGAUGGGCAGUAUACCCGGAUGGUACUAUCAGGCCGGAACAGCACCAGGGCCGGUGUCUCCAGUACAAACAUGGCCAAAAUGAGAUCAUUCAGGGAGCAUGCAGUGGAUACUCUGAUGAGCGCUGGAUCUUUCGGGCCGAUGGUACCAUUUUACAUGAGGCCACUGAUAUGGUGAUGGAUGUAAUAGAGACUCCUGCUCUUUAUCAAGUUACCGUCAAUGAUUAUAAUGGAAAUCGCUUCUCCCAAAUUUGGUUCAUGACACAGACCCUCUGCUAG